UCUCAGAGAUGUGUAGCUGGUUCCCGCGCCCCCCAGGACUCGGCACCGGGGCCCUCAGCCCUCCAGGAUUCUGCAUCCAUGGAUUCUCAGGACACCGCGGCAGGGCCUAAAGUCUUGUGCGCGCUACGGGCAGCUCAGAUGUCCAGCCGGCAGCAGGAACUGGGGACACGGGCUCGCCGGCUGUGCCGGAGGCUCCAGGUGAUCCAGGCAAAGCAGGUGGAGCGGCACGUCCGGCAGCAGCUGUCCGGACUGGUGGAGUUGUUGUCCGAACGCGGAGCGGCCGGAUUACCGGCGCCCCCGGGGUGGCAACGGGACAGACGGGCGUGCAGCUCUACAGCCCGGCUGCGGGCGGCCCAGGGGGGGUUCGACUCUGACGCCACGGAGAGCAGUUCCGGCGGGGAGAGCGACGAGGAGUCGUCGGCAACGUCGUCGGCUGAGAGUCCCGAACGAGAGAGAGUGGAAGAGGAGCCGAGCCGAGCACCGGGGUCUAACCGGCAUUCAGAAUGGAGGUGGGCGGUGGAGCGGGCGGCCAUUAUCUGUCGGUGGACCUGGUUGCAGGCUCAGGUUUCUGACCUAGAGUUUCGGAUAAGACAACAGACCGAAAUCUACAAGCAAAUCCGUUGCACCAAGGGAAGUGUUGUGCUGGGGGAUUCUCCACAUUGUGAAGACUCUACCGCUCGGCAGACGGCCAGCUCCUCGGUGGUGCUGAAUGCAAGGGGCAACCGGGUGCCUUCCUCCUGUUCCAAGACUGCCCCAAAAGCUCCCUCAGGGGACGAUCCAUGUGACCGUUUGUGUAACACUCCCACCCCCUCUCCACAGAGUUUAGAUAAACAGUGUUCCCGCCUUACACCAUCUGAAAAUGUCACGUGUCAAAAUCCGCCUACCACACCAGUGUGUGACUCCCCCGGAUCCCAAAAAACAUCUCGUCAAGUCAACGGACUCAUAAAUUGUGUGCGUUCCAGUGCGUCUUGUAAUGGCUCUGCAGAGGGUUUGGAUCCAGAGGAGGUGUUGGGUAAAAAGCGUCGUGUGGAUACCCCGUCAGCAUCACCAGCACUAUCCGAUUCCACCUGUGUGGCAGCUAGAACGCGGCCCCUGCGUGGGCACAAGAAGCGCAACUUGGUCCGGUCCAGUGAUGUGUCCUCCCUCAGCAGAAAGCCACAGAAGCCGCUGUCUAUGAAGUGUGGAUGUGACCCUCCCACCACAUGUAUCCUCUGUGGUUGUAAGACAUAUGCAAAGACAUCCCACCCCAGCACCAUGGCUCUCAAUGAGCGGAUAGCCCUGAUGGACCCCUGCUACCACCCCAUCCUAUCCUUCCCCUAUGACACACCCCUCCAUUUGCACUUUGAAGCGUUGCUGAAAGACGACAGACAGUUCCGCAUCUCUAAUAAGCUGAAAAUCCUGAAACUUUCUCAACUCGCCAAGAAACCCCACGAGGCCGGCAGGUCAAUGUUCCGGGAUGACAGGCAAUACAAAGGAGUGCCAAGUCCCAGCAUUCAUGUCUCCUCUCCAGUUACACCAAGACCAAACACAGCAGCUCACCAGCUUCCUUCCUUUACUGAUACCCCCCCUUCUGGGAGUCAGAACAGCAUGUCAGCGGCUCUUAAGCGGAAAAGGUUUGAGAACUCCUAUGACAUUGACAAUAUUGUUAUUCCAAUGUCUCUGGUGGCAGCAUCACGGGUGGAGAAACUUCAGUACAAAGAGAUCCUGACACCGAGUUGGCGCGUGCUGGAUUCUUCGGAGAAAGACACGCUGGAUAGGGAUCCUCAGCUGGAAGACUUGUCUGACGAUACAUAUCAAGACCGGCACAGCACAUAUGAGGAGCUUGAACGUUCUCGGUGGGAUUCUUGGGCUUCUGCUACGCCCCAGCGACGAGGUAGCAGAUCAUCCAACAGGUCAGAUGGUCGCUGGACACCACAGCCUCCUAACAGCCAGGGAUCAUCUCAGCAGAUGGACUCCCCAGACAUCAGAUUCCACAGCCUUAACGACUUCCCGCUGUCCCUGUCAUCUGCUGCAGCUGACAACCCAGAGCCUUACAGCACUGUCCAAUGCCUGUCCCUCCACAGCCGGCCCCGAGUCCUCUCCUGGAGUGAAGAUACCAGAUCUUCCACGCCUGAAAUGCCAGAUGACGAAGAACAGGUUAUUCAGCCGUGGGAACAGCGCUUUUUCCCCCUCUCGGACAGAGACUGCCGCACUCUCCAGAACUCGCCUGGAACACCAAGCAGAGGCAGGACCAAGUCGCACCCGGACGUUUCAUGGCAGACGUCAAGCAAGCCUGGCACAUGGACUGAAAGCAUAGACUCUGGCAUGUCAACAGAAAACCUCACCCCAGCCUCCAAAGAGCCCCCCCUACCCAAUAGCAUUUCAGUAGUUCGAGUCCGAGCCCACAGUGGUGACAAAAUAGCAAGCCUGGAAUACUUUCCGCCCAGGCCGGUGAACAAGAGAUGAGAGGUCCUCUUUAUCACAGGAUGUGUGAGCAGAGAACACAAAUCCAUAUACUUUAUUUCAGUAUCAAGUGCUUGGCUGGCUUGCAGGCCCAAGUGGAGCAUUAGGGUGCACCAUAAUGUAGGGGUUCCUGGGCUCAGCGGCACGCUGAAGCGAGAAGCCUGCGAGUGGUACAGCACAGAGCAAAAAGGCUACAUGCUGAAACUCAAUAUGGGGCCACAGGAGGGUCUCCGUAUGUGGAUGACUCCAUUUUCCUGUGGUCUCCUGGUAGCUGCGUAGGCAGUGCAGGUACAUGGAGCAGGCUCGUGUAGCCGGAUGAAAGAGGUGAAAGAUUGGUAAAAUUACAGAGCAUUCUAAUUGAAA